GCGGCCUUUCCGUCGCAGGCCCGCGGACAGAGAGAGAGAGAGAGAGGCGGCGUCUCCCCACCUCCCGCUCCGCCCAUUUCCCCUCCCUCCCUCCGUCCCGCUCACCACGGCCCGGGCCUGAGUCUACAUGAGCGGCCACCAGGCGGGCUAGGAGCAGGGAAGCUGGGAUGGAGCUGCCGUCCGGGUCUCAGUUCGGCGACCUGCCGGACUCCCCGCCCCUCUCCCCGCCCCGCUCGUCGCCCCUCUCGACGCCCCGCUCGCCGGGACAUAACCGCCGGCGCUCGGGCCGCUUCGGCCUGGAGAUGUACAACUCCAUGAGCGGCAGCAACUUCGACCUGUUCACGGCCGAGUCGGACUCGUCGCUGUACAUGCGGGCCGACGACGAGCAGGAGGCGCCCGAGUUCAGCGAGAGCGACCUCUCGGUGGGCCGGCGCGGACGACCCGUCUCCACCUCCGGCUCCAGCAUCCGCCACCGCUACGACGUGGUGGCCGAGCUGGGCUCCGAGGAGGUGCGCUGGUUCUACCGGGAGGACCGCAAGGGCUGGAAACCCUUCAUCGGCUACGACUCGCUGCGCAUCGAGCUCAUGUACCGGGAACAACAGGGGACGAGGGAGGCCAAGGACGGCUCGGCCCGCCCGGCCCCCGAAUCCGUCUGUGUCCGAGGGGGGCUGUACGAGGUCAACGUGAUGGCGAAGCAGUGUUACCCCGUGUACUGGCACCCUGAAGCUGAUAAGAUUUAUGUCAUGCGAGGCCAAUGGUUUAUUGAUGGUACGUGGCAGCCUUUAGAAGAGGAAUACAGCGAUCUGAUAGAAGCUGAACACCUGAAACGUUUUCGGGGUCAACAGAUCCAGGAUGCAUUUGAGCUGGAUGUAGCUAAACCAAUGGACAGUAAAGACGUCCUGUACCUACUCCUUCCCUUCUAUUUUCCCUUUCUGUUCAAAUGGAGAGGAUAUAAGGAAAUUACUGACACUGCAUGUUACAAACGAAAGUGUUGCCAAGCUAUACAUAGCUUAAAGCUGAGCCGCAACCAUGUGGACUGGUAUGGCGUGGACGAAGUUUACUUGUACAGUGACACAACUACAUCCAAAAUCGCACGAACAGUUACCCAGAAACUGGGAUUUUCCAAAGCAUCAAGUAGUGGGACAAGACUUCAUCGAGGUUACGUUGAAGAAUCCUCUCUCGAAGACAAACCACCAAUCCCUACACACAUUGUCUUUGUUGUACAUGGAAUAGGGCAAAAAAUGGACCAAGGUCGUAUCAUCAAAAACACGGGCAUGAUGCGAGAAGCUGCAAGGAAGGUUGAAGAAAAGCACUUUCAUUACGCCACCAAUUUGGAAUAUGUUGAGUUUCUGCCAGUGGAAUGGAGAUCAAAGCUCAGCCUGGAUGGGGAUACAGUUGAAUCCAUUACCCCAGAUAAAGUGCGUGGGCUUCGAGACAUGUUAAACAGUAGUGCCAUGGACAUCAUGUAUUAUACUAGCCCCCUUUACAGGGAUGAGAUUAUAAAAUGUCUUCAGCGGGAGCUAAAUCGACUCUAUGAACUCUUCUGUUCUCGGAACCCAGAUUUUGAAGCCCAGGGUGGAAAAGUUUCCAUAGUAGCCCAUUCGCUGGGCUGUGUAAUCACUUAUGAUAUUAUGACUGGGUGGUAUCCAGUGCGAUUCUAUGACAAAAUGGUCCAGGAGGAAGAAGAGAAGCUGGAGACUAACAUGAGUUUUGAGGAACGGGAACUUUUGGAUGACAUUCUCAAGACCAAACUACGAUUAAAACAUUUAGAAAACCAAUUAUUGCAAGUAAAAGCUUCAGUGCCACCUAAACUACCUGCCUUGAAAUUUAGGGUUGAAAACUUCUUCUGUAUGGGAUCCCCGCUCGCUGUUUUCCUUGCACUCCGUGGCCUCCGUCCUCAAAAUAGUGGUCAACAGGAUCAUAUUCUACCAAAAAGUAUAUGUGGUCGGCUGUACAACAUAUUUCACCCAACUGACCCAGUGGCCUAUCGAUUGGAACCUCUGAUCCUGAAGUAUUACUAUAACAUAGCACCACUCCAGAUACAUUGGUACAACACCUCAGUCCUAAUAAAGUACGAUGACAUAAAGCCGACCUUCAUCAAGCCGACCAGGGAGUCGCAGGCUCAAUCCAUGGUGCCCUCAACAGCUACCUCAAACACAGAACUGGACGUCUUGUCAAGUCCAAGUACCUCGCCGGUCAUGCCUCGUCGGAACUACGGGGAAUCAAUAACUAGCCUAGGCAAAGCAAGUAUAAUGGGAGCUGCACAUAUAGGCAAAGGUAUUGGAGGGAUUUUGUUUGCAAGAUUCUCCCGCUCGCCCGUAGUGACACAGGUCAGUGAAGAAUACAAGGAGGUAGCAGAUGAGGAAAGGAAGACCAUCGAUGUUCCAUUUAGUCCAAAAUUGUUGUCACGGACCGACUCUGGAAUUUUGUUUGGACCAGAGUUAGAACAUCGCCUUGAUUUUGAGCUGCGGGAGGGCCUUGUAGAGAGUAGAUACUGGUCGGCAGUCACAUCGCACACUUCGUACUGGUCUUCUCUAGACGUCGCCCUCUUCCUGCUCUCCUUUUUGUACACACAGAGACCAGGGAAUGAAAGAAACACGGAAACCAGCUGAUUGUCAGGAGAAGUGUGGAGAGGUACCAAUGGAACUGCUGCUUAAAGUGCAAUGAAAAAAUAUGAAUCACUGUUUUUGUUUCUUUUGUUUUUUUAUUAUAUUUUCUAGAAUCCAUAAUGAAUACUAGAAGACUUAUUUCUAAAUAAAAUACUCAAACUAGAUAAGUUAUUAAAAAGACUUUCCAACCUUUGUCCUUGUUUUGUGUAAUUCAGAUGUGUAAAGCUAGUCAUCUUGGUUUGAGACUAACACUAUGGUGGAAUUUAUAAUUUAAAGCUUGAUUUGUAUAUGUUUGAAACAUGCAAACUAUAUAUAAAUACUUGAAGAAUGUUUUGUAUUUGAAGCAUAACUCACUUAUGAAUGUCGAUAUGCAGUUUGCACUUAAACCAUCCACCUUCCAGUCCUUGUCUUACAACUAGGCAGUGUAGCUAACAAUGAACUGUUUACACAUUUGAAGUACAAAAUGUAUUUUGGUGCUUAUAAUUUUUGUUAAUAUGAUAUCACUAAUAUUUUUCACUUGUUUACUGGGUCAUGUACAAAUAUAUUUUGGCUGUAAAAGCUACACUGUGCUAUUGUAUAGUGCAGGAGGCACCAUAUUGUCAUGUUCUGUGUUUCUCUUUAAUUUUACAGUCAAUAAACACCCUGGAGGUUUUAUACAGCA